AUGAGCACGUUCUCCGCCAAGGCCGUGCAACAUAGUAUAAAUCAGUUGAUCAUCAACACGAUUAAUGAUGCUGAAAAGAUGCUUCUUAACUUACCACGAGAUGGCGAUCGCGUCGAAGUGAUCACAUCGUCAUCAUAUGACCAAGCCGUCAAUCCGUCUGGCUCACAACCGUGCAAGACUACAAACGACGUCGUCCUUGACAAAGCGACAAGCAAAGUGGCUACUAGUAAAAGUCGAAGAGCUUUGAAGUUAAGUCCGGAAUUGUUGCGCUCAUCAUGCACAUCUGCUACAUCUAGUGUUCCAGAAGAUCGUCGACCACGUGAAAAGGAGACCAAAGAAAUGCAGUCGCAAAGCCGUGGAACAAUCAACAGCUCUCCCUACGACAAAGCCGAAAUUAUGCCCGGAUCGGUGAGGCUUGAAAUCAAAGAAAUUUCACAUCUUACUGGCUUUCACGUCCAUCGUUGUUUCGUGAACGAGAAUCCGGCGACACUGUUGGAUGAGCGGUUUUUCCAGGUUCAAGUGUCGCCACUUGGGAAGAUGGAAGGAGUGAUGAUCGAUGUCGUGGUGACAAUCAAGAUGAAGUCAGGUGGUACGAGGACGGUGAACAUGCAAAUCGAAUGUCCCUUUUUCCAACCGAAACGAGUGCGAGUCGAUGGCGUUUGGCACAACAUCAUCUAG